AUGAACGGCGAGCACGUAGAGACAGCCGCACAGCAGCAGCAUCAAGAUGGUGCCGGCGAUGCAGCUGCUGCCGGUCCGUCCAACGCGAACCAGGUCAGCACCUCGUUCUUCCCGCCUCCUCCGCAGAUCUACAAAAAGUUCACCAAGCGCAACCUGCGGUACCUGGAUGCGCUCAACUCGCACAAGCUCGGCGAAGACGAGCCGAGCUGGGACUCUCUUACUCCCGAAGAGCGGGUGGACCGUCAGACGCGCAUUCUCGAAAGUGCGGCUUCAUCGUCGAAGCAAAGCGACGGCGAGGACGAUGUUGAGAUGGCUGCUGUGGAUGGCGCGGCAGUAGAAGCCUCGAAAUCGUCGCUUCCAGACUUUGAUCUGAAGCGGACGCUCGAGCCGCCCAACAUUGACUGGAUCGAGGAGGACGGUGGCUACACGGUGUUUGGGCAGCUGUGGCCGAUCCCGGAUGUGACGCCAACGCUGGAGCAACUGGGCAUCCCCGUGCUGUACCCGCUCGAAGGCACCGACCGCAAGGAGCUGCUGUUGAUGCUUCUGCAGACGCUGCUGCAAACGUACCGAGAGAUCACCGCCGACCUACUCAAACCUGCGCAACCGUACGACGUGUGGGUGGCGGCGGUGCCGGACCCGAACCUGCCGCCCGAACAGCAGCAGCAGCAGCUGGCGGGGAAUCCCGGAUUCUGGACGCAGUCGACCGAGGCCAAGGAUCGGCUGAAGCACAUGCAGAAUGUGGUGGUCAACAUGCAGUUUUUGAUCAACGAGCUGCGGCCGGUACAGGCCAAAGAGACGCUCAAGCUCAUCAUGCAAAUGCAGCUCGAGCGUCGCAAACAAGAGACGCAACUCAUACGCGAGGCUCGCGCAGCCGCCGCGCCAAAGGAGAGCGUGAAGGCGGGCGCGGCUGGGCCGAGUCAGCAUCGCCUCCACGCAAAGCGUCUCCAGGCCACCCACCAUCACGGUUCCAUCGUCACCGCUGAGCUUCUGCUGGCCAGACAGCUUCCUCGCACUCGACUCGUCUACACGCUCUCUUGCCAGAACCUUUCUGCUGUGUCUACAUACCAGCGCGCCAUGAGCCGCUUACAUCCCGAUGCUCGCUCUGCUUCGGCAGUUCGCUCCUUCUCCGCAGGCUCGCACGCCUCGUCCAACAGCGAUGCCUCUUACUCAUCCAAUCCGGACGCAGUCCACACGCCUUCCACCAGCCCGGCGCUUUCGGAUCGCGGUGCGUUCUCGCUAGACGCUUCCUCAUGGAACAAGCUGCCUCGCGCGUAUCAGCCAUCCUCUCCUACCUCGGCUCCACCCACCGACUCGAAACUGUCACCGCUCGAGCUUCUCGUCAAGAGAGGCAAGCAGGUCCAGCAAGACAUCCUCGAGCCCAGCACGCACGACGCAAGCCCAGAUCCCACGGCUCAUCGCAUCUAUGAGCGUGCCUCGGCUCUCUCCCGCCGUACCUCUGUCCGCAGGCCCCCUGUCCAGCCGUCGCCCGACCCGGACGACUUUGACGACGCCCAGAGCAUUCGCAGCGUCAACCUGCUCUCCGAGCCCGGCUCCAGCUUCUCCCGCAACCUGCGCAUGUAUGCAUCCACUUCGCAGAAUUCGCCUCCCACACCUUCCUCGUCCGGCACAUCCUUUACCGUUCAACGCGGCUACAAAGCGACCUACGACGACCAGUACGAUUCCUACAGCCCCAUGCAUGCCAGCGCCGACGAGCAGCCGCACUCGGCCCAUCUGCUCAGCAACGCCUUCCGCAACUCGGUCGCCUCCGACAUCUCGUUCAACUCCAUCACCGGAGCCAGCCUCGAUACCUCCCUCUCGCGCAGAGCAUCCAUCGACACUGUGCGCAGCUCCGAGUUCGGCGAGGACGGAAGGUGGGGCAGGGCGUGGGCCUCGCGCGCCGACGACGAAGAGAGCGCCUACGAAGAGAGCGUCUACGGCGAUGAGCUCGACGACAACGCCGGACCUGGCUCAAGCCACCUGCCCUCGAGGGUGGCCGCGUAUGACAUUCAGCUGGACCCAGACCAGGGGCCGUUUGCGUCAAGCGGUGGCCUCUCGUCCGUUGCACAGCAGUGGAAGCUCAACCAUGCGGCUCGUGAUCCAUCUCGAAGCGCGGGAGGCACGAUGCGAGGCAUGCAUGCUUCGUCAACACCCGCGAUUCGAGAGAUGCCGAGCAAAGAAAAGGUCGUCAGCCUCACAAGAUCCAUUCCCCCGCCUAGACUGCUCGACCAGAAUCAGGCCGGGCACUGGCAGCAACAGAGCGAUCCAAGGCACAGCUUUGUCCCGCAAAUCGAGUCUCACAAUGGCGACGCAGAGUCGAGCCAUCACGACGCACCGCAGCACGUGUACGAUCGCACUCCGGUGGCCUCGGCAGAUCGAUACCUUGGUCAUCGCUCCACGUCGUCGACUGCAACGAUCACUGGCAACGAUGCGCGCGAGAGCACCGGAAGCCCAGAGAGCGCACGUGUCUACGUGUACCCGCCCAGUCCUUCCGGGUCGGAGGCGUCGCGAGCGAGCGGCGUCCACGUGCACUCCAGCCGCGACCCGAACCACCGCAGCCAACAGCGCUUCUCGUCCAUGCCCAACCCCGCCUCGGCGCGCAUCGAGACCAUGUCGGCCUCGUCCUCGCCCGAGUACCCGUCGCAGCAAGCGGGCUCGGGCGAGGUGAAACGCACGCCGCUCGCGCCGUCGGCGCUGCUGUCCAACCCGAGAGUCGCCUCGGCUGGUUCACUCGAGUCGCGUCGGCUCAAGCCUUCGGGCCAUCCCGCGGGGCGUGCACCUCCGCCUCCACCGCCUGCUGCCGCCUGGAGCUCGCCGAGCAUGGGUGGCGGCACUCCCAACGGCUACUCGGAUCCCAACCAGUACUUCCAGGGCGUCGAUCGGCCCAUCAUCGGGCGCAAGCGCGCGGAAGCGAUUGCCCGCGCCGACGGGCGCGAGAGCAUGGUGUCGGAUCUGGACGUCGAAACGCUGCGUCUGGACGGCAGCAGCCGACGCGACAGCUCGAGCACCAUCGGCAGUGUCAUGACCUCGCGCAUGUCGAUCGGCAGCGUGGCGCACGACCCGCUGGCGCUGCAGUCGGACAACUGGCAAGAGCGCUCGCCUGUCCCACCGCAAGUGGCCUCCCCACGCACGCCCGGCGCGCCAAGUAUGCAGGCCAAGGCUUCGCACGCGUCGUUCCGCUCGCUGCAGCCCGCUCAGGAGGCGUACAGCCCCGUAGCUGGUGCUGGCGGCCCCAGCCGGCCAUCCAUGCUGCGCAAUGCCAAGUCGAGCAACGCGUUGGGAUCGGUCGACAUGCAGACCAGCGUGUCGGCACCGCCAGUUGGGCUGGGCGUAAGCGGCGUCAGUGCCAGUCAGCGACCGCGCACAUCGCCUGCCGUCGACACCCGCACGGGCCCGUCGUCGGCGGAAGACUUUCUCUCGUCGGGCAUCACGCACCACGAGCAAGGCGAUCUUGCGCGUUCGGCGUUCUACUUUGAGCGAUCGGCCAAGGUGGACGGCGGAUGCGUGGUGGGCAUGUGCAUGUUUGGCAUGGCGCUGCGCGAGGGGUGGGGCGCGCGCAAGGAUCCGGCGAAAGGAUUCACGUGGAUCCAGAAGGCGGCGGCGCGCGCGGGCGAGAUGAUGGCCAACACGACGACGCCCAAGAGCGACGCCGAGCUGCGCGCGAUCAAGAGCGAGCUCAAGCUGAGCGUCUACGAGCUGGGCAAGUGCUUCUGCUACGGCUGGGGCGUCAAGAUGGACAAGCCCAUGGCGCUCGAGUACUUUGAGCUGGCGGCUAAGCUGGGCGAUGCGGAUGCGCAGGCCGAGGCGGGCGCGCUGUACGCCGCAGGCAAGGGCUGCAAGAAGGACCUCAAGAAGGCCGCCACGUACUACCGCAUGGCCGAGCAGGGCGGAUACGAUACCGUGGGCCUCAGCUGGAUCCACAAGGACAAGUACAAGUAG